AUGGAACGCGUUACAACCCAUUUCCGAGGACGUUGUCAGAUUACAUUAAAACCAAUAGACAUCGAUGAAGGCUUGAGAGAAUCUGUCACAAAGAUCUACACAUCGUUCAUCGAAUACCAGCGACAGGGAAGCAACUGGACAUUGGACAAGGUGCUCCAAAUACAAAUACAUAUGAGCAAAUACAGUCCUCUCAAACGAGCCAGCUAUAUCCCCCUACCAAUCAAGCUGAGGUCUAAGCAUGCUAUCAUCAAUGUUCAAAACAAGGAUAAGAAAUGUUUCAUGUGGUCGGGUUUAUUUGCUUUGCACCCAGCCAAAAAAAAUUCACAGCGUGUUGCUAAAUACACAGAUUAUCAAGGUGAACUCGAUUUCACUGGUAUUUCAUUUCCCGUCAAAGUAGCUGACCUCAGCAAGUUCGAGACGGGAAACAAGAUCAGCAGCAAUGUCUUAGGAUACGAAAAGCGUUCGUUAUUUCCGAUCCACGCGACAAAACAAAGGUUUGACCUACAUGUAGAUUCACUACUCAUGUCGGAUGGACGUAAGUCUCACUACUGCUGGAUCAAGGAUAUGGGCCCGCUUCUGAAUGACCGGUAUUCCCACGGACAUAGAUAUUACCUCUGCAUGUAUUGCCUGCAAGGGUUUACCAAGGAACGAAUAAUAAAAAGUCAUAUCUCAUACUGUCGUAAGCACGGGACCCAGAAAGUGAAGCUACCUUCAGAAGAGGAUAAAUGUUUGUUCUAUAAGGAGGUCAGAAAACAAUUAAAGGUGCCAUACAGUAUAUAUGCAGACUUCGAGUCAUUUCAAGUGCCUGUACAUGGAUGUGAGGUUGACCCGCAAAGAUCACAUACUGAGAAGACCAUCCAACAUAUUCCUUCUAGUUUUGCUUACAAAGUUGUAGGUCUUGCAAAAGAGACUUCCAACCAUCCAUUGAUUUAUAGAGGACCAGAUGUGGCGGAGAACUUUAUAGAAUAUAUCCUGAGAGAGCAGGAAGAAAUCGAACAGCGCUUUAAGCAUGUCGAGCCGAUGAUCAUGACAGGUUGUGAUUGGCAAUCAUUCAAAAGUGCAACUAUAUGUCACAUUGGUGGAAAAGGGAUGGGCGAUGAUAGAGUGCGGGAUCAUUGCCACGUGACGGGAGCAUUCAGGGGAGCAGCUCACAACGAAUGUAACAUAAAAUAUAAGUAUACAGGACGGAUUCCGGUCGUCUUCCACAAUGUGAGGGGUUACAAUUCCCAUCUCAUCAUGCAGGCAAUAGGAAAUGUGUCUGAUAAAGAAAUCAAAUGUAUCCCAAAUAACAUGGAGAAGUACAUAUCUUUCCCCAUGGGUUGUAUGGACUUUAUCUACAGUUUCCAGUUUAUGGGAACAUCACUGGAGAAACUAAUUGGAAAUUUAUCUGCAGAGGGUAUGACCCAAUGA